AUGGCAAGCAAUAAAAGAAAAAUACAAAUUUUGGAAAAUAGAGUAAUUCGCCCUGCAGUUAUUGACAGUGAUAGUGACAGCAGUGAAGAAAUAUUUUCCACUAAGAAAACUAAAAAGGAUUUGGAAACAAAUGUGCACGGAAAACAAAGCACAAGCGCGGACGUUUUCAGUAGCCCCAGUGGAAGAAAAUUUCAUAUUCUUAAAUCAGUCUCGUUUUCACAUGAAACUAAAACAGAAUGUAAAAAUAAACCUACACCACAGACAUCAAAAGGAUUGUCUUCGCCUAGCUCAUCGUCAUUGGAACGAUUUAGUAUGUAUAGCUCAAGAGGAUGCAGUCCUUCGCUAAACAAUAUAUCAGCUUCUAAGCUUAUGCACGGCAUCGAAAUAGAUGAAAGCGAAUAUCAUGACUUGAUAAAUCUAAGAAACGAUAAUAAAAAGAUAAAAAAGAAAAAUGAAAUAGAAAGGAAAGAUCCAAAGACAAAACUUACAUUCACUUAUUCUUUUGAAGACAGUAUGUCGCAAGGAGAGAGAGAGAAAGAAACAGAAAAUGUUGAUGUAGAAGAUGUAGAAGAGAGAGAGGAAGAAACAGGAAAUGCUGAAGAGGAAGAUGAAGAUGCAGAGAGAGAGGAAGAAACGGAAAAUACUGAGGAGGAAGAUGAAGAGCAGGAAAGUGGUGACACAGGCGAUGAUGAGAGUGAUGAAUAUUCUGCAAGUGAAGUUGUAUCGGAUAUAGAUAAUGAUGUUUCAGAGGAAGAGGAAGAUGCACAGGAUAAUAGUGUCAAUGAAUGGGAUGCUGUCACAGAUUUGACACCUGAGUUGGAUGCGUGUACUUUAAAUGAAAGCACUUUUAAUAUUCCUAUAGAAGAUAUAUCUCCUGCAGCCAUCCACAAUACAAAUAAGUUGAAGAAAAUUCAUGAUUUGGCUAAUAUGCUCAACAGCAGAUUCCAAGAAGUAUUAACGCCAGGUAAAUUCAUUGUUAUAGAUGAAUCAAUGAUACCAUGGCGUGGCAGGCUGAAAUUCAAACAAUACAUUAAAAACAAAUCACACAAGUAUGGUGUUAAAAUUUACAAGUUAUGCACUCCAGAAGGGUAUAUAUAUAAUUCAAUAAUUUAUUCUGGAAAGGGAGAAAAUGGCCGUGAACAAAAUCAUGGUAAAGUCACCGUACUGAAACUCAUUCAAGGGCUGGAGAACAAAUGUCGUGUAGUAAUUGCAGACAAUUUCUACUCUUCAAUUGAAUUGGCGGAAGAACUCUUAUCUCAAAAAACCCGUUAUUGCGGUACCCUAAAUUCGAAGCGAAGGGGGCUACCUAAGGAGAUAGUGUUACUAAAGUUGAAGAAGGGUGAAAUCAAAGGAGCUAUGAAUAAAAAUGGCGUUAAAGUUAUUAAAUGGGUUGACAAAAGGCAACUUCUAAUGAUAUCUACUCUCAAAGAGGACAAAGAUGUGCUUGUCAACACUGGCAAAAAAAUUAGGAAGACGAAUGAAGAUAUAAAAAAGCCUACAUGUGUCUUAACGUAUAAUAACAACAAAAAAGGAGUUGACUUCAGCGACCAAAUGUCUUCAUACUAUUCUACAUUAAAAAGAGGGCUCAAAUGGUUCAGAAAAGUGGGUAUGGAAUAUUUGUUAGGCAUGGCGUUAGUAAACGCGUGGAUCACAUACAACGUGAAAUGUGAUAAGAAGGUUUCAAAAAAAGAAUUUACAGAGGCAUUAAUGCAAUCAUUAACUGGAAAAAGUAUAUGCGCUGAUAAAAAUCAAGUAAAACCUAAGGACAAUGACCAUGUUCUUGAAAUAAGCGCUAAACGAAUAAAUUGUGCAGGGUGCUACGACAGACUGCGGAAAACCUUUAAUAGUACCGAAGCAAAAAAAAAAAGUAAAGAAAAUAAAGAAAUAUUGCAGGAAAUGCAACCAAAACCUUUGCGUAACAUGUUUCCAAGAUAG